AAGAAGCAAUCCAAUCUCAGAGCAAAAGAAAAGAAGGGAAAAAAAAACUUAAUAAUAAUAAUAAUAAUGGCUUCUGCAACUAUGAUUGUUGCUGGCAACAGAUUGAAGCUUUCUUCUUCAACUUCCACAUUCUACUCUGUUCCAAGGAUGCUACCUCCAAAAUCUUCUCCCAGGCUCAGCGCUCAAGCAUCAAGCAUCGCUGAAACCUUCUCCGCCUUGAAAAGACAGGAAAAGGUUGCGUUUAUUCCGUACAUCACUGCUGGAGAUCCUGAUCUAUCAACGACAGCAAAGGCUUUGAAGAUGCUGAGCCGCUGUGGUGCUGAUCUGAUUGAGUUGGGGCUGCCAUUCAGUGACCCUGUGCUGGAUGGACCGGUCAUUCAGGCAUCCCAUAAGAGGGCGUUGGCUAACAAGACCAGUCCCGAGGCAGUCAUCUCCAUGUUGAAGGAGGUCGUCCCACAUAUCUCUUGCCCAAUUGUGGUAUUCUCCUACUACAAUAUGAUAUUAAGCUACAAGAGCGAAUGGUUCUUGGCUGCACUGGAAGAUGCUGGUGCACAAGGGCUUAUUGUGCCAGACCUUCCUUUCGAAGAGAGUGCGACUCUGAGGGAAGAAGCUCUUAAGAAAAACAUUGAUAUGGUUCUGCUCACCACACCUACCACUCCAAGGAAGAAAAUGGAGGCCAUUGCGGAUGCUUCAGGAGGAUUCCUGUACCUUGUAAGCUCGGCUGGAGUUACUGGUGCUCGUCCUACGGUGAACAGCCAAGUGCAGUAUCUUCUCAGGGAUAUCAAAAGCGCAUCCGAGAAGCCUGUUGCAGUAGGGUUUGGAGUAUCAAAACCGCAGCACGUCCAACAGAUCUGUUCGUGGGGAGCCGACGGCGUGAUCGUUGGCAGCGCAAUCGUUAGACUGUUGGGCGAAGCCGAGUUUGCAGAGGAAGGAUUAAGGCAGAUGAAAUCCUUCGUGGAGUGUCUAACAGCUGCGCUUCCUUCAAGAAACCCUGCGCUGGAAAAGAGCACAACUCCGAACUUCUUCAGGGAGGAUGAGUUUUGGGGGAGGAGAGCUGCGCCUCAACCGAAGUCAACCGUACUAGUGCACCGACGGCGUUGACUUUGUUUAAACAAUAGGAAAAUGAAUUUUGUUGAUAAAUAAAUUAAAUAAAAAUAGAAAGGACUAUUAAUGAAAAGACGGUCAUAAAUUAAUUUUCUAAGUUUAUAAAAAAUUAAUGUCUAAUGAGAAAUUAAUGUAAUAUAAUCAGAUUCGUAUAUGAGUUGGAUUCAGGAAUGAAAUUACAUGAACGCUGAUUCAAAUAUAUAGAACCAUUGAGAUG